CAAUGUUCGACACAGGGAUUUUUGUUUUUGGCAGUAAGAUAUUCGAAGUACCGCGUCGAGACGCCAUUUCUUGCCUGCCUCUCGAGGUUUCUUGGAGAAUAUUCUCAUAUUUAGACAAGGUAUCCCUUCGUAACGCUUGCCACGCCAGUAAAACAUGGAAAAGGAUUAUUAUAGUCAAUAAGAAAUUAAGAAAACGUAUUAACCAGUUCGAACUAGUUUUCAAAUUGGGUUCGGAAAAAAUGGCUAAUUUUCACAGGCGUAACAAGAGAUUGCUGAAGAAGUUGACGGCUAAAAAUUAUUUACCUGUUGGAAAGACCGUAGUGGAAUCAACGACAAAAACUGUCAGUAAAUCAAAAAGAGGCGGCGAGGAUUUAGUGUUAUGUACGAAGCGAUUCAAAUUGUUUUAACUUUUAUAGUUCUAUGUAUAAUUCAGAGGAUAUAAUAAAUCAUAACAACUGACAACGCUUUUAUUAUUUCUGAUAACGGGAUCAUUGUGUGCAUUUUCGACUAGACCCGAAUGCGGGUUGUUAGAUACAUA